CAAGAUUACUUUAAAACUAGAUGAACAAGAAGUCCAGAUUGACGCCACCAGAGGACUAAAACAAGAACUGGGAAGCAUUGAGAAGAGGGUGCUGGCAGAAAGAAAAGAAAUGGAACUCUUGAGGAAGAAUCUCAACAAGAUGAAAGCAGAACUUGAAGCUAUGAUGAUCAGCAUCAGUAGCGAGAGAGAAUGUCUCAGUCAAAUGAGGAUUUACAUGGACAGAAAGAAAGCCAUGUUUUUGAAUGAAAAGGACAAACUGGAAAAAGAAAGGUCUCAACUGAUGAUGAUGAGAGAACAUCCAGUCAUGACUAAAAUGAAAGUCCUAGAAAGUCUGAGGGUGAAACUUCAACAGCUGAAAGAAAGAAUGAGUGAUGACAUCAAACACAAAAUGGAACGUUUACAACAAAACAACGAAGAUAUGCUAACGGUGUGGUCUGCAUUGGAAGAAAAGUGUGCAGAGCUUGAUGGACAGAAAGAAAACAUGAAUUGUUACACCGAGCUGUUAGAGAGAGAAAAGGAAGGUCUGAUAAGUAUACUGUCAGACAUGGUCAUCCAGAAAGAGCAUGUUGAACAUCUAUGGAGGCAAAAGUUUAUGAAUGAAAAACUACAUCUUGACAAACUGAGGGCAGAGCUGAAGGAGGAGAGAGAAGAAUUAGACAGAGUGAAUGAGAUGAUGAACAAAGAUAAAAUGGACUUGGAGAUGAUGAGGUCUGACAUCCUGAAACAAAGUGACCUAUUAGACCAAGAGAAACGACAUAUAAAGGAGGAAAAAGACAAUUUGGAAAUCAUAAAGACUGAACUUCAAAAGAAAAAAGAACAUGCAGACAUUCUGAUUGAUGAGAUGAACAGAGAGAAAACCAACAUUAGAGAUUUGACCCAUCUGGUUCAGACAGGAAUAAAGACACUUCAGAAUGAGAUGAACAUAAUUAAAUUGAAACAAAAAGAACAUGAACUAAAGGAUAAUGACCUCAAAACACAAUUUCAGGAACUACAAACCUAUAGGAGCACUGUAUUGGAAGAAAGAGAAGGACUGAAACUUUUGAGGAAGGAUCUCAACAAGAAGAAAGAAGAGGUUGAAGCUGUUAUCAACAGCAUAAGUCUAGAAAAAGAACAAAUCAGUCAGCUGAAGACUAGUCUUGAUAUGGACAGGCAAAAACUUGAGAGUGAGAAAGAUAAAGUGAAAGAUGAACAGUCAGAGUUGAAAGUCAAAGAAGAUCAAUUCAUGAGUAAAAUACUAUUCAUACAAACCUUGAGAGGUAAACUCCAAGAACUGAACAAAAAUACACAUAGAGACAUCAAAAACAAAAUAGAGCAAUUAGACCAAAACAAUAAAGACAUGCAAAGAUUGUGCAUUGCAUUGCAGAAAAAACUUGCAAACUUUGAUAAAGAGACAACCCAGAUGUCGGUUUACACUGAGCUGAUGCAGACAGAAAAAAAUGCUCUCAUCGGUAUACUCUCAGAGAUGGUAAUGAAACGAGAAGUCAUGGAAAAUCAAUGGAAGCAGAAGGUUGAAAUGGAAAAACAAAAUUCUAAUAACCAGAGGGAAGAGCUGAAGCAAGACAGGGAGGACCUGGAUAGACUUAAUGAGAUGAUGAAUAAAGAGAGGCAGGAAUUGGAGCUGAUGAGGUCUAAUAUUCUGAAACAAAUGGACUUGUUAGAGCAAGAGAAGCAAGACAUAAAAGAGGGAAAAGAAAAGUUGGAAAUUAUAAAGAUUGAGCUACAAGAGAAGAAAGAACAUGCAGAGAGUCUGUUUGAUGAGAUAAACAGAAAUAAAACCAACAUUAAAGAGCUGACCCUAAAGGCCCAGAGAGAGCGAGACAAACUUGAACAAGUCGUUAACAAGAUUACUUUAAAACUAGAUGAACAAGAAGUCCAGAUUGACGCCACCAGAGGACUAAAACAAGAACUGGGAAGCAUUGAGAAGAGGGUGCUGGCAGAAAGAAAAGAAAUGGAACUCUUGAGGAAGAAUCUCAACAAGAUGAAAGCAGAACUUGAAGCUAUGAUGAUCAGCAUCAGUAGCGAGAGAGAAUGUCUCAGUCAAAUGAGGAUUUACAUGGACAGAAAGAAAGCCAUGUUUUUGAAUGAAAAGGACAAACUGGAAAAAGAAAGGUCUCAACUGAUGAUGAUGAGAGAACAUCCAGUCAUGACUAAAAUGAAAGUCCUAGAAAGUCUGAGGGUGAAACUUCAACAGCUGAAAGAAAGAAUGAGUGAUGACAUCAAACACAAAAUGGAACGUUUACAACAAAACAACGAAGAUAUGCUAACGGUGUGGUCUGCAUUGGAAGAAAAGUGUGCAGAGCUUGAUGGACAGAAAGAAAACAUGAAUUGUUACACCGAGCUGUUAGAGAGAGAAAAGGAAGGUCUGAUAAGUAUACUGUCAGACAUGGUCAUCCAGAAAGAGCAUGUUGAACAUCUAUGGAGGCAAAAGUUUAUGAAUGAAAAACUACAUCUUGACAAACUGAGGGCAGAGCUGAAGGAGGAGAGAGAAGAAUUAGACAGAGUGAAUGAGAUGAUGAACAAAGAUAAAAUGGACUUGGAGAUGAUGAGGUCUGACAUCCUGAAACAAAGUGACCUAUUAGACCAAGAGAAACGACAUAUAAAGGAGGAAAAAGACAAUUUGGAAAUCAUAAAGACUGAACUUCAAAAGAAAAAAGAACAUGCAGACAUUCUGAUUGAUGAGAUGAACAGAGAGAAAACCAACAUUAGAGAUUUGACCCAUCUGGUUCAGACAGGAAUAAAGACACUUCAGAAUGAGAUGAACAUAAUUAAAUUGAAACAAAAAGAACAUGAACUAAAGGAUAAUGACCUCAAAACACAAUUUCAGGAACUACAAACCUAUAGGAGCACUGUAUUGGAAGAAAGAGAAGGACUGAAACUUUUGAGGAAGGAUCUCAACAAGAAGAAAGAAGAGGUUGAAGCUGUUAUCAACAGCAUAAGUCUAGAAAAAGAACAAAUCAGUCAGCUGAAGACUAGUCUUGAUAUGGACAGGCAAAAACUUGAGAGUGAGAAAGAUAAAGUGAAAGAUGAACAGUCAGAGUUGAAAGUCAAAGAAGAUCAAUUCAUGAGUAAAAUACUAUUCAUACAAACCUUGAGAGGUAAACUCCAAGAACUGAACAAAAAUACACAUAGAGACAUCAAAAACAAAAUAGAGCAAUUAGACCAAAACAAUAAAGACAUGCAAAGAUUGUGCAUUGCAUUGCAGAAAAAACUUGCAAACUUUGAUAAAGAGACAACCCAGAUGUCGGUUUACACUGAGCUGAUGCAGACAGAAAAAAAUGCUCUCAUCGGUAUACUCUCAGAGAUGGUAAUGAAACGAGAAGUCAUGGAAAAUCAAUGGAAGCAGAAGGUUGAAAUGGAAAAACAAAAUUCUAAUAACCAGAGGGAAGAGCUGAAGCAAGACAGGGAGGACCUGGAUAGACUUAAUGAGAUGAUGAAUAAAGAGAGGCAGGAAUUGGAGCUGAUGAGGUCUAAUAUUCUGAAACAAAUGGACUUGUUAGAGCAAGAGAAGCAAGACAUAAAAGAGGGAAAAGAAAAGUUGGAAAUUAUAAAGAUUGAGCUACAAGAGAAGAAAGAACAUGCAGAGAGUCUGUUUGAUGAGAUAAACAGAAAUAAAACCAACAUUAAAGAGCUGACCCUAAAGGCCCAGAGAGAGCGAGACAAACUUGAACAAGUCGUUAACAAGAUUACUUUAAAACUAGAUGAACAAGAAGUCCAGAUUGACGCCACCAGAGGACUAAAACAAGAACUGGGAAGCAUUGAGAAGAGGGUGCUGGCAGAAAGAAAAGAAAUGGAACUCUUGAGGAAGAAUCUCAACAAGAUGAAAGCAGAACUUGAAGCUAUGAUGAUCAGCAUCAGUAGCGAGAGAGAAUGUCUCAGUCAAAUGAGGAUUUACAUGGACAGAAAGAAAGCCAUGUUUUUGAAUGAAAAGGACAAACUGGAAAAAGAAAGGUCUCAACUGAUGAUGAUGAGAGAACAUCCAGUCAUGACUAAAAUGAAAGUCCUAGAAAGUCUGAGGGUGAAACUUCAACAGCUGAAAGAAAGAAUGAGUGAUGACAUCAAACACAAAAUGGAACGUUUACAACAAAACAACGAAGAUAUGCUAACGGUGUGGUCUGCAUUGGAAGAAAAGUGUGCAGAGCUUGAUGGACAGAAAGAAAACAUGAAUUGUUACACCGAGCUGUUAGAGAGAGAAAAGGAAGGUCUGAUAAGUAUACUGUCAGACAUGGUCAUCCAGAAAGAGCAUGUUGAACAUCUAUGGAGGCAAAAGUUUAUGAAUGAAAAACUACAUCUUGACAAACUGAGGGCAGAGCUGAAGGAGGAGAGAGAAGAAUUAGACAGAGUGAAUGAGAUGAUGAACAAAGAUAAAAUGGACUUGGAGAUGAUGAGGUCUGACAUCCUGAAACAAAGUGACCUAUUAGACCAAGAGAAACGACAUAUAAAGGAGGAAAAAGACAAUUUGGAAAUCAUAAAGACUGAACUUCAAAAGAAAAAAGAACAUGCAGACAUUCUGAUUGAUGAGAUGAACAGAGAGAAAACCAACAUUAGAGAUUUGACCCAUCUGGUUCAGACAGGAAUAAAGACACUUCAGAAUGAGAUGAACAUAAUUAAAUUGAAACAAAAAGAACAUGAACUAAAGGAUAAUGACCUCAAAACACAAUUUCAGGAACUACAAACCUAUAGGAGCACUGUAUUGGAAGAAAGAGAAGGACUGAAACUUUUGAGGAAGGAUCUCAACAAGAAGAAAGAAGAGGUUGAAGCUGUUAUCAACAGCAUAAGUCUAGAAAAAGAACAAAUCAGUCAGCUGAAGACUAGUCUUGAUAUGGACAGGCAAAAACUUGAGAGUGAGAAAGAUAAAGUGAAAGAUGAACAGUCAGAGUUGAAAGUCAAAGAAGAUCAAUUCAUGAGUAAAAUACUAUUCAUACAAACCUUGAGAGGUAAACUCCAAGAACUGAACAAAAAUACACAUAGAGACAUCAAAAACAAAAUAGAGCAAUUAGACCAAAACAAUAAAGACAUGCAAAGAUUGUGCAUUGCAUUGCAGAAAAAACUUGCAAACUUUGAUAAAGAGACAACCCAGAUGUCGGUUUACACUGAGCUGAUGCAGACAGAAAAAAAUGCUCUCAUCGGUAUACUCUCAGAGAUGGUAAUGAAACGAGAAGUCAUGGAAAAUCAAUGGAAGCAGAAGGUUGAAAUGGAAAAACAAAAUUCUAAUAACCAGAGGGAAGAGCUGAAGCAAGACAGGGAGGACCUGGAUAGACUUAAUGAGAUGAUGAAUAAAGAGAGGCAGGAAUUGGAGCUGAUGAGGUCUAAUAUUCUGAAACAAAUGGACUUGUUAGAGCAAGAGAAGCAAGACAUAAAAGAGGGAAAAGAAAAGUUGGAAAUUAUAAAGAUUGAGCUACAAGAGAAGAAAGAACAUGCAGAGAGUCUGUUUGAUGAGAUAAACAGAAAUAAAACCAACAUUAAAGAGCUGACCCUAAAGGCCCAGAGAGAGCGAGACAAACUUGAACAAGUCGUUAACAAGAUUACUUUAAAACUAGAUGAACAAGAAGUCCAGAUUGACGCCACCAGAGGACUAAAACAAGAACUGGGAAGCAUUGAGAAGAGGGUGCUGGCAGAAAGAAAAGAAAUGGAACUCUUGAGGAAGAAUCUCAACAAGAUGAAAGCAGAACUUGAAGCUAUGAUGAUCAGCAUCAGUAGCGAGAGAGAAUGUCUCAGUCAAAUGAGGAUUUACAUGGACAGAAAGAAUGCCAUGUUUUUGAAUGAAAAGGACAAACUGGAAAAAGAAAGGUCUCAACUGAUGAUGAUGAGAGAACAUCCAGUCAUGACUAAAAUGAAAGUCCUAGAAAGUCUGAGGGUGAAACUUCAACAGCUGAAAGAAAGAAUGAGUGAUGACAUCAAACACAAAAUGGAACGUUUACAACAAAACAACGAAGAUAUGCUAACGGUGUGGUCUGCAUUGGAAGAAAAGUGUGCAGAGCUUGAUGGACAGAAAGAAAACAUGAAUUGUUACACCGAGCUGUUAGAGAGAGAAAAGGAAGGUCUGAUAAGUAUACUGUCAGACAUGGUCAUCCAGAAAGAGCAUGUUGAACAUCUAUGGAGGCAAAAGUUUAUGAAUGAAAAACUACAUCUUGACAAACUGAGGGCAGAGCUGAAGGAGGAGAGAGAAGAAUUAGACAGAGUGAAUGAGAUGAUGAACAAAGAUAAAAUGGACUUGGAGAUGAUGAGGUCUGACAUCCUGAAACAAAGUGACCUAUUAGACCAAGAGAAACGACAUAUAAAGGAGGAAAAAGACAAUUUGGAAAUCAUAAAGACUGAACUUCAAAAGAAAAAAGAACAUGCAGACAUUCUGCAUGAUGAGAUGAACAGAGAGAAAACCAACAUUAGAGAUUUGACCCAUCUGGUUCAGACAGGAAUAAAGACACUUCAGAAUGAGAUGAACAUAAUUAAAUUGAAACAAAAAGAACAUGAACUAAAGGAUAAUGACCUCAAAACACAAUUUCAGGAACUACAAACCUAUAGGAGCACUGUAUUGGAAGAAAGAGAAGGACUGAAACUUUUGAGGAAGGAUCUCAACAAGAAGAAAGAAGAGGUUGAAGCUGUUAUCAACAGCAUAAGUCUAGAAAAAGAACAAAUCAGUCAGCUGAAGACUAGUCUUGAUAUGGACAGGCAAAAACUUGAGAGUGAGAAAGAUAAAGUGAAAGAUGAACAGUCAGAGUUGAAAGUCAAAGAAGAUCAAUUCAUGAGUAAAAUACUAUUCAUACAAACCUUGAGAGGUAAACUCCAAGAACUGAACAAAAAUACACAUAGAGACAUCAAAAACAAAAUAGAGCAAAUAGACCAAAACAAUAAAGACAUGCAAAGAUUGUGCAUUGCAUUGCAGAAAAAACUUGCAAACUUUGAUAAAGAGACAACCCAGAUGUCGGUUUACACUGAGCUGAUGCAAACAGAAAAAAAUGCUCUCAUCGGUAUACUCUCAGAGAUGGUAAUGAAACGAGAAGUCAUGGAAAAUCAAUGGAAGCAGAAGGUUGAAAUGGAAAAACAAAAUUCUAAUAACCAGAGGGAAGAGCUGAAGCAAGACAGGGAGGACCUGGAUAGACUUAAUGAGAUGAUGAAUAAAGAGAGGCAGGAAUUGGAGCUGAUGAGGUCUAAUAUUCUGAAACAAAUGGACUUGUUAGAGCAAGAGAAGCAAGACAUAAAAGAGGGAAAAGAAAAGUUAGAAAUUAUAAAGAUUGAGCUACAAGAGAAGAAAGAACAUGCAGAGAGUCUGUUUGAUGAGAUAAACAGAAAUAAAACCAACAUUAAAGAGCUGACCCUAAAGGCCCAGAGAGAGCGAGACAAACUUGAACAAGUCGUUAACAAGAUUACUUUAAAACUAGAUGAACAAGAAGUCCAGAUUGACGCCACCAGAGGACUAAAACAAGAACUGGGAAGCAUUGAGAAGAGGGUGCUGGCAGAAAGAAAAGAAAUGGAACUCUUGAGGAAGAAUCUCAACAAGAUGAAAGCAGAACUUGAAGCUAUGAUGAUCAGCAUCAGUAGCGAGAGAGAAUGUCUCAGUCAAAUGAGGAUUUACAUGGACAGAAAGAAAGCCAUGUUUUUGAAUGAAAAGGACAAACUGGAAAAAGAAAGGUCUCAACUGAUGAUGAGAGAACAUCUAGUCAUGACUAAAAUGAAAGUCCUAGAAAGUCUGAGGGUGAAACUUCAACAGCUGAAAGAAAGAAUGAGUGAUGACAUCAAACACAAAAUGGAACGUUUACAACAAAACAACGAAGAUAUGCUAACGGUGUGGUCUGCAUUGGAAGAAAAGUGUGCAGAGCUUGAUGGACAGAAAGAAAACAUGAAUUGUUACACCGAGCUGUUAGAGAGAGAAAAGGAAGGUCUGAUAAGUAUACUGUCAGACAUGGUCAUCCAGAAAGAGCAUGUUGAACAUCUAUGGAGGCAAAAGUUUAUGAAUGAAAAACUACAUCUUGACAAACUGAGGGCAGAGCUGAAGGAGGAGAGAGAAGAAUUAGACAGAGUGAAUGAGAUGAUGAACAAAGAUAAAAUGGACUUGGAGAUGAUGAGGUCUGACAUCCUGAAACAAAGUGACCUAUUAGACCAAGAGAAACGACAUAUAAAGGAGGAAAAAGACAAUUUGGAAAUCAUAAAGACUGAACUUCAAAAGAAAAAAGAACAUGCAGACAUUCUGAUUGAUGAGAUGAACAGAGAGAAAACCAACAUUAGAGAUUUGACCCAUCUGGUUCAGACAGGAAUAAAGACACUUCAGAAUGAGAUGAACAUAAUUAAAUUGAAACAAAAAGAACAUGAACUAAAGGAUAAUGACCUCAAAACACAAUUUCAGGAACUACAAACCUAUAGGAGCACUGUAUUGGAAGAAAGAGAAGGACUGAAACUUUUGAGGAAGGAUCUCAACAAGAAGAAAGAAGAGGUUGAAGCUGUUAUCAACAGCAUAAGUCUAGAAAAAGAACAAAUCAGUCAGCUGAAGACUAGUCUUGAUAUGGACAGGCAAAAACUUGAGAGUGAGAAAGAUAAAGUGAAAGAUGAACAGUCAGAGUUGAAAGUCAAAGAAGAUCAAUUCAUGAGUAAAAUACUAUUCAUACAAACCUUGAGAGGUAAACUCCAAGAACUGAACAAAAAUACACAUAGAGACAUCAAAAACAAAAUAGAGCAAUUAGACCAAAACAAUAAAGACAUGCAAAGAUUGUGCAUUGCAUUGCAGAAAAAACUUGCAAACUUUGAUAAAGAGACAACCCAGAUGUCGGUUUACACUGAGCUGAUGCAGACAGAAAAAAAUGCUCUCAUCGGUAUACUCUCAGAGAUGGUAAUGAAACGAGAAGUCAUGGAAAAUCAAUGGAAGCAGAAGGUUGAAAUGGAAAAACAAAAUUCUAAUAACCAGAGGGAAGAGCUGAAGCAAGACAGGGAGGACCUGGAUAGACUUAAUGAGAUGAUGAAUAAAGAGAGGCAGGAAUUGGAGCUGAUGAGGUCUAAUAUUCUGAAACAAAUGGACUUGUUAGAGCAAGAGAAGCAAGACAUAAAAGAGGGAAAAGAAAAGUUGGAAAUUAUAAAGAUUGAGCUACAAGAGAAGAAAGAACAUGCAGAGAGUCUGUUUGAUGAGAUAAACAGAAAUAAAACCAACAUUAAAGAGCUGACCCUAAAGGCCCAGAGAGAGCGAGACAAACUUGAACAAGUCGUUAACAAGAUUACUUUAAAACUAGAUGAACAAGAAGUCCAGAUUGACGCCACCAGAGGACUAAAACAAGAACUGGGAAGCAUUGAGAAGAGGGUGCUGGCAGAAAGAAAAGAAAUGGAACUCUUGAGGAAGAAUCUCAACAAGAUGAAAGCAGAACUUGAAGCUAUGAUGAUCAGCAUCAGUAGCGAGAGAGAAUGUCUCAGUCAAAUGAGGAUUUACAUGGACAGAAAGAAAGCCAUGUUUUUGAAUGAAAAGGACAAACUGGAAAAAGAAAGGUCUCAACUGAUGAUGAUGAGAGAACAUCCAGUCAUGACUAAAAUGAAAGUCCUAGAAAGUCUGAGGGUGAAACUUCAACAGCUGAAAGAAAGAAUGAGUGAUGACAUCAAACACAAAAUGGAACGUUUACAACAAAACAACGAAGAUAUGCUAACGGUGUGGUCUGCAUUGGAAGAAAAGUGUGCAGAGCUUGAUGGACAGAAAGAAAACAUGAAUUGUUACACCGAGCUGUUAGAGAGAGAAAAGGAAGGUCUGAUAAGUAUACUGUCAGACAUGGUCAUCCAGAAAGAGCAUGUUGAACAUCUAUGGAGGCAAAAGUUUAUGAAUGAAAAACUACAUCUUGACAAACUGAGGGCAGAGCUGAAGGAGGAGAGAGAAGAAUUAGACAGAGUGAAUGAGAUGAUGAACAAAGAUAAAAUGGACUUGGAGAUGAUGAGGUCUGACAUCCUGAAACAAAGUGACCUAUUAGACCAAGAGAAACGACAUAUAAAGGAGGAAAAAGACAAUUUGGAAAUCAUAAAGACUGAACUUCAAAAGAAAAAAGAACAUGCAGACAUUCUGCAUGAUGAGAUGAACAGAGAGAAAAACCAACAUUAGAGAUUUGACCCAUCUGGUUCAGACAGGAAUAAAGACACUUCAGAAUGAGAUGAACAUAAUUAAAUUGAAACAAAAAGAACAUGAACUAAAGGAUAAUGACCUCAAAACACAAUUUCAGGAACUACAAACCUAUAGGAGCACUGUAUUGGAAGAAAGAGAAGGACUAAAACUUUUGAGGAAGGAUCUCAACAAGAAGAAAGAAGAGGUUGAAGCUGUUAUCAACAGCAUAAGUCUAGAAAAAGAACAAAUCAGUCAGCUGAAGACUAGUCUUGAUAUGGACAGGCAAAAACUUGAGAGUGAGAAAGAUAAAGUGAAAGAUGAACAGUCAGAGUUGAAAGUCAAAGAAGAUCAAUUCAUGAGUAAAAUACUAUUCAUACAAACCUUGAGAGGUAAACUCCAAGAACUGAACAAAAAUACACAUAGAGACAUCAAAAACAAAAUAGAGCAAAUAGACCAAAACAAUAAAGACAUGCAAAGAUUGUGCAUUGCAUUGCAGAAAAAACUUGCAAACUUUGAUAAAGAGACAACCCAGAUGUCGGUUUACACUGAGCUGAUGCAAACAGAAAAAAAUGCUCUCAUCGGUAUACUCUCAGAGAUGGUAAUGAAACGAGAAGUCAUGGAAAA